AUGGCAGCUACAGAACCAUACCGGGCCUCCGGGACGCCAAAGGUCCGCCGCCUUUCCAAUGUGUCCGCAACUAGGGGAGAUUUGGUGAACGGGCCAAACGUGGUGGUGCCACCAAAACACCUGAUGGCUAGCACCGCUGCCUACGAGGCGGCCAAGUCCAUGGGAGUCGCCAAAUACCACUUGGAAGAAGAUAAUUCAUCCGCUGAAAUCACCCCCAGAGCUGUAUCACCAGUCUCCGGAACCCCGGUUGUGGCAACCGAUAGGUACGCUUUCGCGUUCGACAUCGAUGGAGUUCUUAUCCGUGGUGGAAAGCCCAUUCCAGCAGCUGUAGAGGCUUUGAAGGUGUUGAAUGGAGAAAAUGAGUACGGAAUCAAGGUGCCGUAUAUCUUCGUCACGAACGGUGGCGGGAAGACCGAGGAAGAACGAUGUCUCGAUCUCAGCAGACAACUCGAAUAUGACGUUUCACCCGGCCAGUUUAUCUGUGGACACACUCCAAUGAGAGAGAUGGCUGAGAAGUAUAAGACUGUCUUGGUGGUGGGUGGUGAGGGCGAAAAGUGCCGUAUUGUGGCAGAGGGAUAUGGCUUCCGAGAUGUCGUGACACCGGGUGAUAUCAUCAAAACAAACCAGGAUACGACACCAUUCCGCAAGUUGACAGAUGAAGAAUACAAAAAUUCUCGGGUCCGUGAUUUCGAGAACCUCACCAUUGAAGCAAUCUUCGUGUUCGCGGAUAGCAGGGAUUGGGCCGGUGAUCAGCAGAUCAUCCUUGACUUGUGCAUGUCCAAGGGGGGCAAGAUUGGCACCCGCUCUGAGACAUUCGAAGAAGGCCCGCCAGUAUAUUUCUCUCAUAAUGAUAUCGUCUGGUCGACAUCCCACGAACACACACGAAUUGGUAUGGGGGCGCUUCGGGCGUCAGUGGAAGCUCUCUUCAAGGCCGUCACCAGAAAAGAGCUGAAGACUAUCGCGUUCGGCAAACCACAAUUGGGUACCUUCCAAUUUGCCACAAGGUUGCUGCAGCAAUGGCGAAAGGAAACUCAUGGCAUCAACUCUCCGCCACAGACAGUAUACUUCGUUGGGGAUACCCCCGAGUCGGACAUCCGUGGUACGAAUGAAUACAACGAGUCAGACAUUAGCGAGACUCUCUGGUAUUCGAUCCUCGUUGAGACCGGGGUCUUUGAAGAAGGAACCGUCCCACGGUAUGCGCCUAAGAAGGUGGUUCAUGACGUCCUCGACGCCGUUAAAUUCGGCAUGAAGAGAGAGUUCGAGCGGACCCUAGAAGAGACGGCACCGAAGAACAUGGACUCUUAG